AUGGAACCGUUGGAUAACUACAACCUUGCAACCGGAAAUAGCGCUCAGAGAGCUCCUGCUUACUUGGAGGUUGAUGUGGGCGGCUAUAAUACAGAACAGGUAAUACCUAUAGUGAAGCAUCAGCUCGUGAAAGUUGGAAGGAAUGGCAAGGAAUGUCAACUUGUUCUAACAAAUCCCUCGAUAUCCUCCAUUCACUGUGUGUUUUGGUGUGUGUUUUUUGAUGAAGAUAGCAUUCCAAUGUUUUACGUUAAAGAUUGUUCUCUGAAUGGAACAUAUUUGAAUGGUUUACUUUUAAAAAGAGAUAAAACGUAUCUUUUAAAGGAUUCUGAUGUGAUCGAAUUAUCACAGGGUAGUAGGGAAAAUGACAGUAAAAAAACACAGCUGGUAUUCAUGAUAAAUGAUGAUUUGCAAUCUUCUCUGGACCCAAAACUUUUAGACCAAAUGGGUUUUUUAAGAGAAGUAGACCAAUGGGAAAUAACAAAUAGAAUAGUCGGUAAUGGCACUUUUGGUCAUGUUCUGAUUACGCAUAAUUCAAAGGAAAGGAAAGACGAUGCCUGCUAUCAUCCUGAAAACUACGCUGUAAAGAUUAUCAAACUGAAACCAAAUAAAUUCGAUAAGGAAGCUCGAAUUCUUUUGAAACUGGAUCAUCCAAAUAUUAUCAAAGUCUACCAUACUUUCUGUGACAGGAACAAUCACCUUUACAUAUUCCAGGAUUUGAUACCUGGCGGCGAUUUGUUCUCUUACUUGGCUAAGGGUGACUGUUUAACUUCUAUGUCCGAAACGGAAUCGCUAUUGAUCGUCUUUCAGAUCUUACAAGCGUUAAACUAUCUCCAUGACCAAGAUAUUGUUCAUCGUGACUUGAAACUAGAUAAUAUUUUGUUAUGUACGCCAGAACCAUGCACUAGAAUUGUCUUGGCGGACUUUGGCAUAGCUAAAGAUUUGAAUUCCAACAAAGAAAGAAUGCAUACGGUUGUAGGUACUCCAGAAUACUGUGCUCCAGAAGUUGGAUUUAGAGCAAACAGAAAAGCUUAUCAAAGCUUCUCAAGGGCAGCUACUUUAGAGCAACGAGGUUAUGAUAGUAAAUGCGAUCUUUGGUCUUUAGGUGUAAUUACACACAUUAUGUUAACAGGAAUCUCGCCCUUUUACGGUGAUGGAUCAGAGAGAAGUAUUAUUCAAAAUGCAAAGGUUGGGAAACUGAACUUUGAUUUAAAGCAGUGGGAUGUUGUUUCAGAUAAUGCUAAGAGCUUUGUAAAAGAUCUUCUGCGAACCGAUGUAGUUAAACGAUUAAAUAGUAAGCAAAGUCUCAAACAUAUCUGGAUCGAAAAACAUUUGAGUCAAUUAGAGAGGUUAUACUAUAAAAAAAUAUUAUGCAAUAAUGAAGGCCCUAAAUUAGAAACCAUGGCUUUAGACUGGAAAAGAAAGUUACCUAAAAGUGUUGUCAUUUCUCAGGCAAUACCGAAAAAAAAGAAAGUAUUGGAGUAG